AUGUGGUCACUGCUGCUAUUGAGGCAGCUGUUCCUGGUGCUGCUCCUCCUGCUCUUGGGUCAGCAGCAGAGAUUGCACCAGACGCGGUCUGACGUUGUCUCACUGCACGCAUGCCUUGCCAAAGCUCACAGAAUCCUAGGGAAGAAAACCUUUGUAAAGGAAGUCGUAUAUAACUGGGCUAUUGGAGCAACAGAGAAACAGAUGGCAAGCAUGCGUCGGAAUGACGGUGCAAUGUUUACUGUAACGAAGGUUGUGGAUGGGUCGGAUAAUGACAGAGUGUGCAUUGGAUCGCACAUAGCGCUUACGGGGCUGGAUAUGAUCACUUAUAGUAACACGGUGCUUAAGGUGAGUAUUAGUGGAAGGAAUAUGAGAAGACGAUGCAACAGGGGCAGAGACAAUAGUGCGAGAAGGAUCAGGAUUGUUGUGUAG